AUGGGCACAGGUCGGAAGACAUUUCAAGAUUUUAAUAUAGAGGACCCGUUUGACCUCCAAAUGAUAACACUGAGGAUGUUGUCGGUGGUAGUAAGAGUCGUCACUGCUCUGGUCCUGUUAACUCUAGCAGCGCAAGGCAAAAUAGAGGAAAUUAACAUUGACGAGAAAAUUCUGCAGUGUUACGACACCUACCGGCGGACGUCGGAAAUCACUCGUUCUGUCGGAUAUAAUAUACACUGGAAAUGUAUGCAAAUGUAUAUAUGGAAUCUCAUAGAACAGGACAGUCUAAAUAUAACUCUCGCAGAUCAGCACUGGAUAGAGAGCAUUACGUCACUUCCUGCCUUAAAAGGAAGAACAAAGCGACAGAGUCCUAUGCCACGCGUACGUCGUGAAUACAGACGGAUGAGCAAUCCGGAGCGGGAAAACUACCAUCGAGCUGUGAACUUACUGAAACAAAUACCUAUAGCAAACACCACAAGAUAUGACUUCAUAGCCAAUAUUCACCGAGGGGACGCUAUUCCACUAUCUCAUAGGGGUCCAAACUUCCUCGGAUGGCACAGAGUCUUUCUCAUUAUAUACGAGAAUGCAUUACGACAGGUAGUGCCAGGAGUUACCAUCCCCUACUGGGCUUCAUCCUUAGACAACGAACUAGAUAUAACUGAGCGGACACAGUCAGUGAUCUGGUCUGAUCUUUUCUUCGGAAAUGGAGAUGGAUUUGUUACAUCCGGCCCGUACGCUAAUUGGCAAACGCAAAGUGGACCACUUAUUAGGAACAUUGGCCUUAUCGGAGAACUGUUCAGUAAUGAUGGAAUCGGUCGAAUUCUAAACAAGACGAGAACUUCCGAAAUCACCUUUCCGAGUGGAGCUCCAGAAAAUCGACUGGAGGAUGCACACGAUGCUGUACACAUAUGGAUAGGAGGAGGAAACGGACAGAUGAAUGACUUGAACACUGCUGCUCAGGACCCCAUUUUCUUCAGUCAUCACGCAUUUGUGGACUAUCUAUGGGAGGAAUUCCGACAAAAACAGGUACAGCUUGGGAUAGAUCCGUCCUUGGAUUAUCCAACCUACUUUGGUCCGUCACAACAUGCCCCACAAGCUGCUAUGCGGUUUGGCAACCUGAGGAAUAUCGAUGGUUACAGUAACCUUAUAACAGCCAAUAUUUACCAGUAUGAGGCAUCGCCAACGUGUCUGAGACAAAGGCCGACAUGCGGGUCGGACUUCCUCCGCUGUAACACCAACAAAGCGGUACCGCGCUGUGUCACGUUACGAACAGACGAGGUGGCAAAGGACAAUAAAUCGAGGUUUAAACGCCAUGUAUCAGUACAGACUGUCGAAAGCAAACCAGGCUGCUCUGUACAAGGGGCUGUACAGAACAAGUAUUUGAGUGGCAAUAGCUCAGAUAUCAGGGAGUGGACAUACAUUCCCAUAGAUAUCGUGUACAGACGUCCGCCGGAGUUCUUGCGUUACCACUCCUACCCUGUGUUUAAUGGUCAGGGUAUGGUCAACAGUGACAUAUACUCACCCACCUCAUACGUCGGGCUUGCGUCUUCUCUCCCAGUAGGUAAUCCUGCCAAAUACAGCGAAUGCAUUGACCCACACAACAACGCCGGCAAAAUUUUUAUUGAAUCAAAUGGCCUGAAUAACUAUGGAUCGUACAGUGAAUUUGUCAUGGUAGACCACCGCUUGGCAAUCUCGAAGACAACUGGGUAUGUUGCCGUGAAGUCGCCCGAUACCGGAAUGACGGAUGUGCAUGUGUCUGCCCAUGACUCUUGCGGACGUGUCUGCCGUCCAUACUGUAGAACACCCGGUUCACCAACGCAGGAGUUUCAUCCCUGCACAGGGGCCAUUCGAAUCACGACCAGUGAACCAAAACUGUAUAGCAGAACAUACGGUGAGAUAAUCCUUGAUACAUGGCAUUUUCCUAACGACGGAAAUUGUCCAAAACCCGAUGAUAGCUACGCCCACCUGCGCUUCUUCUGUGACUAUACGAACCAAUGGCCGUGGGCAGACGCCCGGCGGACACUACAACUCAAAGCCGUGGCACCCUCCCUACAAAUCGCCGUCACUAAAUCUCCCACAACGCAGGCGCUUGACGCUGGAGAUGCAGCAGUGCAAGGUAGUGUGAGAUAA